AUGCAAGGCCGAGGCGGUGGACGUGGUCGUGGCCGUGGUGGUGGCGGCGGCGGCGGUUUUCGAGGUCGGGGUGGAAGCUCCUUCAGAGGCCGAGGAAGAGGUGGCGGUGGUGGCCGCGGCGGCAGCUUCUCCAGCGGACCACGCGGCCCGAAGCGCAAGUUCUCCGACUACAAGCAGUUCGACAGGCCCAGCCUCGACGAUCCACCUACUACCACCCCUUCAGAGGAGCUGUCCAGCCACCACCAGGUCGGCGGUGAUGACCCUGCAAUGAACAAUGAGGAGGUGGCUAUCGUCGAGCUGCCACCACAGGACCACGAAAUUCCCGACGCCAAUAGCGCCUUCAAGGAGAAAGCGGGCACCGACCGACUACUCAAUCCGAAGCGCUUCAAGAACAUCACCAACCAGUCGAAGCGGCUGAUCAUCAUCCUCGAGCGCGCCAACCUCGAGGUGGUGAAGGUGAAGACGGCCUUUGAGCUGCUGAACACCGACGACCACGGGAACUUCAUUCGGAAGCACGGCAAGGACCCCACCUCCUGCCGGCCGGACAUUCUCCACCAGUGCCUGCUGAUGCUCUUCGACAGCCCGCUGAACCGAGCCGGCCUCCUGCAGGUGUACAUCCACACGGAGAAGAACGUGCUGAUCGAGGUGAAUCCGCAGACGCGCUUCCCGCGCACCUUCCGCCGCUUCGCCUUUCUCAUGGCGCAGCUGCUCUUCAAGCUGAGCAUCAAGGCGUCCAACUCCUCGGAGAAGCUCCUCCGCGUGGUGAAGAACCCCAUCACUGACCACCUGCCGGUGGGCUGUCGCAAGCUGUGCACCAGCUUCAAGGCCACUAAGAUCGUCUCGCCGCGCGAGCUGGUGCCCACCGAGGAGGAGCUGGCCACACAGGGCCCGCUGGCCAUUGUGGUGGGGGCGAUGGCCCACGGCGCCGUGGACGUCGACUACACCGAGGGGGAGAUCUCCAUCUCGCAGUACCCGCUCAGCGCCGCCCUUACCUGCACCAAAAUCUGCUCGGCCUUUGAGGAGGCCUGGGGCAUUGUCUAG